AUGAGCAAACUAGACAACCCCCUCGGCCUGUUGGCGGCAAUCCUCGUGCGAGUUCCCCUCAUUUUCAAAACCAUUCUCCUACAUGCCAUUCGUAUGUCGCCAGUUACGGGGAAACAAGACCUGCGCACCGAGUUGACUGUCGCUAUCAUCCGCUCAUUCCUCGUUUUCAGCUCGCCCGUCGGCAAGCAGCAAAGAGAUAGCAUGCGCGACCCCGGUAUUAAGGGUCCCAUGUGGGUGUCCAAGGUGACAUUCCCCAAGCCAGAAGACGAUGUCCAGGAUGCGGUUAUCAAAGCCAUUGAAGACCUGAAGAAAGGUGACGAAACUUACAAUAUCCCCGGAGUAACCCCGCUUGAGGCAGAGUGGACGGGAUAUCGGAGCGGCGUGCACAAGAACGCGCCGCAGCCGGAUAUUUCGGAAGAAGCCAAGUAUGAGGAGCUGAAGAAGGAGGCGAAGGAGGAUAUGGUGAUCUUGUAUCUCCAUGGAGGAGCGUAUUUCCUUUGCGACCCGUGCACCCAUCGUCCGCUCGUCGCUCAGCUGUCGAAACGAACCGGUGCCCGUGUUCUAUCGGUGCGCUACCGUCUUGCGCCUCAGAAUCCGUUCCCUGCUGCUCUCGUUGAUGCCCUUACUGCAUACCUUGCGCUCGUCUCGCCGCCUCCGGGCUCUCUCCACGAGCCCGUCGCACCGAACAAGAUCAUCGUCUCCGGGGAUUCAGCCGGAGGAAACCUUUGUCUCGUUUUGCUCCAAACGCUGCUCACACUCCGUCGCGUCUGCCCUACCGUCCGCUUCCAUGGACGUAAUGUCCCUAUCGAACUGCCCGCCGGCCUAGCCAUCAGUUCCCCUUGGUGCGACAUCACUCGCUCUAUGCCCUCCGUCCACCACAACUCGGUCUACGACUUCCUGAGCCCUCCCACCCAGGAUCCCGAAACAGCCUACCUCCCACUUUCUGUGCCUGAAGACGACAUCUGGCCUGUCAAGCCACCUCGUGUGGACCUUUACACGAACGCCAGCGCCCUUUUGCACCCACUCGUCAGCCCGGUGGCCGGCCGGGAUGAAAUUUGGAAAGGCGCGCCUCCCGUAUUCAUUUCCAUGGGUGAGGAAGGUCUUACAGAUGAGGGACUUGUUGUCGCUCGCAAAAUGCACCGGGUUGGCGUCCCUGUGAUUGUCGAGCAAUUCGAAGGUAUGCCGCAUGUUUUCGGACAGGUCUUCUUGGGGACGCCUUCGUCUCGUCGCUUCUUGGACGGCACGGCGCAGUUCUGUCAUGAUGUUAUGACUGGAAAGAUUACUCCGGCUACCCCUACUCCGGCGAAGAUUACCUUUAUUGGGUACAAGUUGCAGUCGGUUCGUGAAAUUCCGCUUGAAACCGCUGUUCCUUUGACGGAUGAAGAGGUGGAUGCGGUUUUGGAGAAGGGUAAGCAGUGGCGGUUGGAGGGGGAGAAACUCCUGGAACGGGAGUGGGUGGAGAAGGCGAAGCUAUAA